AUGGCGCAGCCCAAGGAUGAUGAUUAUCACACCAUGGAGCUUUCAAGGCGAAGCAUCCAGAUCUCAGACUUGCAAGAGGAGCUCGACGGCGGAAGAGAUCGGCAGAGGCAAGCGGAGGACCGCUCGGCAGUCUUGGAACGGCAAAUGGAGAAGCUGAAGGUGGAAAUCUCCGUUCGGAAGAGCAAGACUCAGGAGAUGGACGACCAAGUGGCUGCCGAUGAGGCUGCCUGCGUUCAAUCUCAGCGUCUGCUGCGGGAGGCAGCCGAGGCGGCGCAGGCUGAGCUGUCACGGAUCCAGGAAGAGCUGGCCGUGGCGCAGGCGGCUGUGGCGCAGGCAGAAGCACAGGCUGAGGCACAGAGAGCAGCAGAAGCGGCAGAGGAGGAGGACAGAAGACGGCUGACCGAAGAAGCAGCGCAGGCUCAGCAGCUGGAAGCAGCACAAGAAGCCGCGCGAGCUUCGCAAGCAGACGUCGAAAAGACAAAGGCUGACCUCCGCGACCUGGAGGCGGCUCUUAAUGUGGACAAGCAGGGCACCAAGGAGCUGACGGAAUCAGUGGCCGAGGCGGAGGAGAAGAGAGAUGCUGCCCGAGCUGAGUGUGAACGAUUGGCCACAGUCCUCGAGGCGUUGAGCUCCAAAGGUGAGCUUCACCGCUUGCGCGAGGCUGUCGCUUCCAAGCAAGCAGAGCAGCAGCGGCUCACACAGGAGCUGGCCAACCAAAAGCGGGAGACGGCAUUCCAGAGGAUGUCCAUCCAAGGGCGGCUUGAUGAGACUCAGAGGAUGAUGAAGGAUCACCUCUCGGAGACACAGCGCCAGUUGGCGGGCACACGCGAGAACUUGGCCGCUUCACCGCUCUGCAGUCUGAUGUCUUCGCUGAAAGAGGCGAGGAGCCAGGCAGAAGCUUUGUCUGCGAAGAGGCUUGAAAUGGAGGCGCAAGCCAAAGAGCUUGAAAAGGAGGUGUCCGACCUACAAGGAUCUCGGAAGCUGGAUCCGUCAGCCGUGGAGCAAGAGCACCAUGAGUCUUUGCAGAAGGACUUGUGUGCCGACUUCAUGCUUCUGCACUGGAAGAGAGCACAUGUAAGAAACAUGCCAACCUGGACCAGAAAUGCCAUCCUCUCUGUAUGGGCAUAUCUGACGCUGACUGCUCCAAUCAAGCAACAAUUACGCCACCCGGUAACUAAUCGUUUCACAGUGGGUAGGAGGAAGACCGCAGCAAUCAACAUCUGA